AUGGGAGAGAGCAUGUCCAAGAGGCUGAAGCUACAGCUGGGCGGCGAGGCGGAGAUGGAGGAGCGGGCUUUCACCAACCCCUAUUCCGACUACCAGCCCCAUGGAGCCGCAGCCGCCGCCUCCCCCAGCGCGGUGGACGGUCACCGGGACAGAGCGCUGCUCCGGUCGGAAGAGGAGUCCCUCCCCUUCGGCGCCGAUGGGAAGGUCAGUGCUCAGUUCUCAAAGAGAAUCCAGGCAAAAAUCAAGGACCUUCUGCAACAAAUGGAGGAAGGGCUGAAGACAGCAGAUCCACAUGACUGCUCUGCCUACACUGGCUGGACUGGUAUUGCCCUCUUAUACCUGCAGCUGUACCGCGUCACGAAGAACCAGAGCCAUCUGCUGCGAUCUCUUGAUUACGUGAAGAGAAUCCUUCGCAAUCUGAACGGCAGAAGAGUUACGUUCCUCUGCGGGGAUGCUGGGCCGCUGGCAGUGGGUGCAGUGGUUUAUCACAAGCUGAAAAAUGACAGUGAAUCUAAAGAAUGCGUGGCCAGGUUGUUGCAGCUCCAAAGGACAGUCAUAAGCACAGAUGCUGAGCUUCCAGAUGAGCUGCUUUAUGGCAGAGCAGGUUACCUGUAUGCCUUGCUGUACCUCAAUACAGAAAUCGGCCCAGACACUGUCCCACAGUCUGUUGUCAAAGAGGUGAUAGAUGCUAUCAUUGAAUCGGGGAAGAACUUCUCAAAGGAGGAGCGGAAAACAGACCGCUGUCCUCUGUUGUACCAGUGGCACAGGAAGCAGUAUGUUGGAGCAGCCCAUGGAGUGGCUGGCAUCUAUUACAUGCUCAUGCAGCCAGUUGCAAAUGUGGACCAGGAGACCCUGACGGAGCUGGUGAAGCCAAGCAUUGACUACGUGCGCCAUAAAAAAUUCCGAUCCGGCAAUUACCCGUCGUCACUGAGCAACGAGACUGACAGGCUGGUUCACUGGUGCCAUGGUGCCCCUGGGGUCAUCCACAUGCUCAUGCAAGCUUACAAGACUUUCAAAGAGGAUAAAUACCUGAAAGAUGCCAUGGAUUGCAGCGACGUCAUCUGGCAGAGAGGUUUAUUGAGGAAAGGAUAUGGGAUCUGCCAUGGUACUGCUGGCAAUGGCUACUCCUUCUUGUCUCUCUAUAACCUAACUCAGGACAAAAAGUACCUCUACCGAGCUUGCAAGUUUGCAGAAUGGUGUCUGGAGUAUGGUGCACAUGGAUGUCGUAUUCCUGACCGACCUUACUCUCUCUUUGAAGGCAUGGCUGGAGCUAUUCACUUCCUCUCAGAUAUUUCAGUACCGGAGACUUCCCAGUUUCCAGCAUUUGAACUUGGACCUCAAAGGAGGGAAAACAAAACAGAACAGGACAGCUAA